ACGCAAGCCUUCAGCAGAGGCAUGAAUUGUCGCUUCACUCCGUUCAUCUCUCCGCUCAGCAUCCAUCCGUCUUCCUCCGGCAGCACUAUGGACAGCACAGUUUCAGCCUACUCUGAGAAGCUUAGAGAGAUGUCGGUGUUGUCUCUCCUCUGCUCCUGUUUGUAUUCACAGCCUCUUCCCAACACCUUCGGUCAGUUUGAAGAUAUGGAGGUGAAGUCGCUGAAUAAGCGUGCUUCUGGCCAAGCAUUUGAGGUCAUCUUGAAGAGUCCGACUGAGCCAUCUCCAGAGAGACCCCAGACUCUGGCACUGCCGCCCCAGAAGAAGGAGCCUUCACUGGGGGAACUACAGAGGAGGCUGGAGGCCGCCGAGGAGAGACGGAAGUCUCAGGAGAAGCAGAUGCUCACCAAGGCCCAGGAGAUCAACAACAACUACAGCAAGAUGACCGAGGAGAAACCUAACCGCAAAAUGUAG